AUUUUUCUUCUAAUAUGCUGUCAAAGAAUAUUUGGCAGACGUUAUGAUUUGACAGCCUAUUAAAAUUAUAAAAUUUUAACUUGUAACAAAUAUAAUAUAAUUGUAAUAUAAAUCCAAAAUGCAUACGUAAACAGUAGGUAAUAAAAACCCCCCAAUGUUGUCGCAGCGCAGCAUCGCUCAUGAAAACAUCUACUACUAAUUCCAACGAAUCUCAAAGAAUGUGUAGUCGCUAAUUGGGCACAAAACUAAGAUAGAUGGCAGAAAGAGGACCUCGCCUUCCAGAUUCAGGAGAAAAUACGGAACAUUUGAUUCCCAACCCUGAAUGCUCAUGUCCUCAAUGUGAUUCUCUAGUUUGUUUUACAAGACGACAAAUAAACAAACCCUGUUCUUGUCUGAAGUGUGAGAACUCCAAAACUUGUCUGUACUUUCCGCACAAAGGCAGUACUAAAGGUGAUUUAACUGACGUAAAAACAUCCAUGGAAGGUGACGAUAUCUUAGCAAAAGAAAGAGUAAAAAGAGAAAUUACUUACGAAUUCAAUGAAGCUUCAAAAACACGUUCUACAUCGAAACAUAUAAAUAACGCCAUGUUCUCUGGUGACAAGGGGGGCGAAGUAGCUCAAAAAGAUACUAACGAUCUACUUUCAACACAAGUUGAGAAUGUAGCAAACGAUAUCCCACAAAAAGAACAUGAUUCAGCUGCUGCAAAGCUCAGCGCGCAAAUAAUGGAUGUACCUUAUGAAAAUCUACAUGAUAUCAUUAACAAAGAUUCUGAUACUACUUCGCAUAAAAUAUUAGUAUUAGACGUACUUAACAAAAUCAGAGACGCAUACAAAGCAUGUAGCUGCAAAGUCUGUGAGUGUCUUGUAGGCACAUCAACAGUACCAAAAAAUAAUCUGUGCAAAUGUGAGCCUUGCGAUUGCAACGAUUGUAUGAGUUUCAUGACGAAGUUCCAAUACUUAGAAAGUCUUGAGAAGGAUCCCCCAGAUGGUUGCCCUUGCAUCAGAUGUACAAGGAGUCAGUGCAAAGGCAUAGUUAAUAAAUUUGAUGAACCACAAAUAUGCGAUUGUCCACCUGGUUAUUCCAUAAAAUGCCAAAAGAACUAUGCAAAAUCAUGCAGUUGCGAACCCUGCCAGUGUUUGGAAUGCAAAGCCAUGUCCCUUAAAGUUCUUAAGACUUUUAUAGUAGCACCAGUGGGCGAGGAAUAUCAACGUCACUAUUGUGACUGUUCCCCAUGCGAGUGCCUGGAAUGUAGGGGAUACGGCAUACCUAGGACUUAUGUGAGAGAAGCAGAAACCAAUGUAAAUAGACACCCUCGUUGCCAUUGUGAAACUUGUGACAGCGAAGCUUGUAUUGCUGAUGGUGCUCAAACUUGCAAAUGUCUACGACGUAGCAGAGUUAUGGUAAAGCCAAUUGAGAAAGACGUUCGUGAUUAUGACAUUCGUACUAUAAUUACAGAAAACAAAAUUAUAAGAAGUACUAAAAGCAAUCUGCUUAGAAAUAGCACUAUUGCCAUGUAUGCCACUGUACCGAACAUAUACAAUAAUACUAGCCAUCAAAAAGAAUGUAGCUGCGAAGUAUGCGAAUGUGUUAUAUGCAAUUGUAAAGAAAAUGCAGUGGACAGUAUUAAAUCUUCACGGUUGUUUAAAGAUAAAAUUCAAUGUCUUGCGAAGUUGAAUUCUAAUGUAUGUAAAUGUACUCCAUGCGACUGUCUGAUAUGUGUUAACAAAAUGCACAAUCGAAGCAAGUCUACAACAACGCCUAAAAGCUGCAAAUGUAGCGUGUGCGACUGCAUAAAUUGUGAAAGUGUAAUGAAAGACGACAACAAAUUUAAAUCGUGCGUCAAUGUUAUCAAACGAAAUUGUACCAGGAAAUCUUGUAGAUGCAGUUCUUGCGAAUGCAUCAAAUGCAUCAAGUCUAUAACUUGUGCAGGAGAUGUUUGCCGCUGCAGGAAAUAUAGUUGUGAACUAUGCGCUCAUGAAAGUAAAGAAUCUAUCUAUCCUAUUAAAAAGGCAGAACCAUUAACACCAUCUUCGUUCUCAUGUGAAAUUCAUCGGGACAACAGUAAGAACUAUAAUGGUGAUAAAUUGUUUGUUAAAGAUUUUGGUAGCCUUUCUAGCACAAAACUAUUCCAUUUAAAUAUAACUUCUCAAAAUGAUACUUGCAGUGGACAUCCACAAAACGACCUUCUAGGAAAUGGCAUAGAAUCAUGUACUUCUAAUAAAGAAACACACCUUUUUCCUCAAAGCAAAUACGAUAAAUACCAAGAUAAGGUACAGCUUAAGAGUAUAGAUACUAAUAUUUGCAAACAUAACACUACAAGCCAAACAAGAAACAUUUAUGUGCAGUGUUCUAAAACAAAUUACGCACAUUGUAGAACCAAUGCGUCUGAUGGAUCUGUGUUAGCUGAUUCUAAAAAUUAUAAAUACAGCAGAGCAGCACCGGUUGCGACUGAGGAUAAACUAUGUAACAAUUCCGGUGAUUCAGGAUGUGGUUCCUAUGAUUAUUUUACUCCAUUUCCUGGAUCAUCCCAAGCAGAUGGACAAAUUAAUCAAGAGUCUGAUCAAUAUUACGAAGCUGCAAACCCAUAUCCGAAUGAUAAAAAUAUAAAUAUGGCUCAGAAAAUCAAACAAACUCACAAUGCAAAUACUUUCAUUGUUAAUGAAAAUCGUCAUCACCACAGUUUUGAAUCUGAGAAUAAAUAUUAUUUUUCUAGAGAAGAAAUAGAAGACGUUUCAAUAAACAACUCAAGGAAUCACAAAACUGAAAAUAUAUCCCAAGAAAUAUAUGGGCGCCAGUACUGGACAAAAAAAAUGGAUGUAUCACAAUACGAUCUAAAUUAUCCCUGUAAUAAACACAGUAGUUCUAUUGAUUACGAUUCAAAAAAUAAUUCUGCAGACAAUACAAAUCUACUACGAAAUAGCGAUGAAAAUCUAUCAUAUUCUCAGUACAUCGAUGAUCAUUCACUGAACUUACGUGACAAGCCGGUAGAAGAUUUAUUCAAUAACGACGCUUAUUAUGAAGGAGUACAAAAAACACUGCACCGUGCGAGGGCUUUUUCAUUAGAAUUAUUGAAAGUUUUAGAUAAAUAUCAACGUGCUAACAAUGAAUUUCAGAGUAUUACACAGAAAUUAAAGGCAUCGCACGCUUCGCUAUUUAGUGAUAACAUUUUACAAGUGAUGGAAAGUAAAGAAGAUGAUGUAAUUUGCCUCAGUCCGGAAUCGAGUGAUAUCAAACCUGAACAUGAAGAUGACAUACCUCUCGAAAACAAAUACACCGAACAAAAAAGGUUAUUAUUCUCCUUUUCUAAUGAUUUCAAAGGCCAUGAUAGAAAAGAACGAUGCACCCAAAUUGAAAAUUGGUCAGUCUUCAAUGUUUCAAAUGAUAGAAUUCUAGACGAAGGAAAACCAGAAAGCCCUGGAGAAUUUAGCCAUUUAUAUAACGUGAAAAGCAACAAAAAAAGAUUAAAUGAAUGUAAUAGAAAAAUACGAGGUAUUAAGAAAACAAACAAAUGUAAUACCGGAACGUUGAAACAGAUCAUAAAAAUAUCAAAAGAAGGUCAAAGCACGACUACAUCCAAUCGUGUGAUGAAAACUAUCGCUUCUACACAAACUGCACUACAAGGUAAAAAGUACGAAGAAGCAUCUACUGACGCCUUUUCGCUCUCGACAAGUUAUUUGUUGACGGGAGAAAGGACAGUAGCAAUGAAAAAUUUAGAAAUUUUGCCGAUUUCAAAGAAGAAUUUUUACUUAAUAACCAAACCAGUGGCGAGAAAUAAGGGAAUUUGUAUAAUUCCUUCACUACAAGGGGACAUAAAACAAGCUGUACGAUCCAUGUCAAUACAAACCAAAACAUCAAAUAAUGAAAAUAAAUUCGCACCGCGUCGAAAUGAGGCCUUGCAAAAUCUGCAGGUUGAAGUUCAAAAGCUCUUAGGAAUGCCUAUUUUACAAAAUACUCAAAAAAUACUCUGUGAUUAUAAAGAACAAAAUACCACGUUUCUACCACAGACGAAAAUUGAUAUAUUUCCCAAUUUAUUGACUUCCACUUCCACGCCAUAUCAAUUUCGUCAUGACGUAGAAUCUUUUGGCAAUGCAAAUAAGGCAAUGGAUUGUAAGAGCGACAAAAGCUGCUGCGAAGCGCUCAAAGUAAAUUUUCUUGGCUUACAACGAGUUUCCGACCACACGGUUAUUGUUAAAUGGACUGCGCCGCGAAUAACGUCCGACGUUACGGGUUAUGAGUUGCUAGUAGAUGGGCGAGCUGUGCAGAAAAUUUUGAGCCCUUCGCGCUGCGUGGCCGUUGUCACUUGUCUGCCGCAUUGCGAGACCGUGCUGUUGACAAUCCGUACGAUCACAUCCCUCACACCUUCAGGACAUUUUCCUUCUAGCACGAUUGUUUAUCAUCCGAGAGUUAAAUAAAACAGUUAAUUGUA